CCCAGAGCCGCAGGCAUGUAGUGGAUAGACUGCCUUCUUCACAAGAACAUCAAGGUCCUAAACGAGAGAACGAACUACAGCUGAACACACUACAUGCGCGUGAUCGCACACACACACAGUCUGCUUUCCCUUUUGUUUCUCUACUAGUGGAAUAAAUCGCUUAUUAACUGAAUUUUGAACAAGAGAUUCUCUGUUAGUAAAAGAGCAUGUGUAUUAAUGCUUUUGAAAGUUCCGCAGUAUUUUUUUUCUCUCGCUAAGUGUAUGUGAUACUCAAAGCUCACGCGCCAUUGGACGAAAGCUGCGAGUUAUGAAAACAUCUGGUAGCGCAAGUAUAAACAGUUCUCUGGACGUGAUAAAGUUUUGAUGACUUUCUUGCUGAAAGUUUGUGUCCCAUGAAAUGUUUCUUUCAUUAGUACAUUAACUUCGACCGUUACUUCGAGAUACAUACUUACUUGUCAGUCGACGCUUUGCUGUACUUAAAAUCUAUUUCUUUUUGAUUCUGUGAUCUAUUGUGGAUGGUUGACGAUUGGAUUGAUUAUUUAUUCUCUUUUGACAGAUUGACAUAAAGGACAAUGAUGGUUUCUCUCUGCGUUUCCAGUUACUGAAACAUCAGAUUUUUUAAUCAUGUUUUUACUUGAUCCAGCGAUUACAAUAUGCAUGUGGAGAAUAAAAAUGUCUGAGAAUAAAGAUAAUAAAUGGAUUCGAUCUUUUCUACAAACAUGAGAUAACAAAGGAUGCUGCUACUUGGUGCUAAGGAACAUGGAUUACUGGAGAAAUAUCUGUGUUCUACUUCUGUUGGUGCUUUCUUCAUCUUAUUUAAACACAGAAAGCUGUUCCAUCAAGGAGACAUCAAAGAAUGUUUCUUGCUUCUGCGAUCUUUCGGAAGAAACUUUAAGUGGAUGGACUUACACGUGUAUCGACUCUAUUCCAUUUGAACCAUUGUAUGCUGUUACUUAUGUCGCAGAUCAAUCUAUUACUUUUCAGUGUGGGGAGCAUGAACCUCAUUACCAAUCCAUUCUUCAGCAAGUUGAACUUGGUCAAAUACAGACCUUUCAGUUUCAGUCAUGUUCACUUCCAAAUACAUCUUUCAGUGAAAUCAUACCAUACCGUGAGAAAUACCCUGUAGAACAAAUUAUUAUUAAAGAUAAGAGAGAUGACAAAUUGUUUACCGCCAACCUCUUUGGUAAUAUAUCCAGCUCUCUGAAAAGCUUAUCUUUAAGUGGGAACAACAUCGACACUCUUCCAGAAUCUCUUUUCAGUAAUUUUUCACGAUUGAAAUUUUUAUCUCUCUCGGAUAAUCGGUUAAAAAGUCUUCCCGAAUCUAUUUUUCGCAAUACAACGAAUUUAUUAACCUUGGAAAUAACUAAUAAUGCACUGGAAAGUCUACCGGAAAAUGUGUUCCAGAACCUCAGCUUACUUGAAAAAUUAUAUUUGUAUAAAAACAAAUUGCGAGUUUUACCGAGUGGAAUUUUCAAAAAUUUAUCUAAUCUUAUAGCUUUGGACUUGGGUGAUAAUAAUCUAAUGCAAUUACCAGAUGACAUUUUCAAUGGACUCACAAAUUUGAUUCAUAUUCGGCUUCGUGCCAACUGGUUAAUGACUUUAUCCAAAGAUUUAUUUCAAAGUACCCCAAAUUUAAAAGUCAUCGACCUCAGUUUAAACAGAUUUAUGGAACCGUUGGCUGAAGAUCUAUUUUUUGGAUUAACACAACUUGAAAAAGUUAGUAUCCCAAACUGCAACUUAACUGAAAUUCAUGAGAAUUUCUUCGCUUAUAGUCCAAAUAUUUCUGUAAUCGAUCUGGAACGAAACAGUUUAACCAGUCUUCCAAAAAAUAUUUUCAUGAACAACUCAAUGUUGAAAGAAAUCAAUCUUAAUUUCAAUCGUCUAGAUGAGCUUCCACCCAAUUUAUUUCCUGAUCAAAUGAUUUUAGAAAAGCUUUCCAUUUUCAAAAACAACCUUUCUGUCAUACCAGAUGGACUUUUCCAGAAAACCAGAAGAAUCAAAACUUUAGUGCUAGGUGGCAACCAGAUACGAAAUGCUAGUCAAACAAUAUUUCGUGACUUGCCACUCCUGGAAUUUUUGGAUUUGAGCGUUAAUAAUUUAACCUACUUUCAGUUGGACACUAAUGAAUUUAUCAAACACAUAGACUUAUCUUAUAAUGAUCUUACUGAAAUGCCAACUUUUCAAUUUACUCGGCAUUUAAAGUUAGAAUGGCUGAAUUUGGAGCAUAAUAAAAUAAGUUAUUUAGUACUUCCUGUAUUAUAUUUGGCUAGAAAACACAAUGCCGUUCUGAACUUCGCUCAUAAUAACAUUAAAACUGUAAAUGCCUAUCGUGUUGCUAAUUACGAUAAAGCAAUUAAUUAUAAUCUUUCUUCUAAAGAUUACGAUAACUAUGCUGAAACAAGAAUAAUUCUCACUUCUAAUCCAUUUGUUUGCAAUUGCCAGCUUUAUAAUUUUUAUGAUUAUGUUAAGCUAAGCCGUAAAUUACCGAAAAGAUCUACACGUCUGGACUUGGUUGACAACUUAACUUGCAACGAACCUCGGAAUUUAGCUGGAAAAGCAGUUAUGUCUUUGACAGCUGAUCACUUCACUUGUGAAUUACAAGAAAAUUGCGCUCAUCCUUGUCAUUGCUACUUUAGAGCUAAAGAUGAAUCAAACAUUAUGAACUGCUCUUAUCAUAAAAUGAGCGUUCUUCCUCCUACUGCUCCUUAUAACACUACAGUUUUCUAUUUUGAAGAGAAUACGCUUACGAAUAUGAGUAGCUUUAAUGAUGAAAUGUGGGAAAAUCUGACCGAUUUGUUUUUGGAUAACAAUCAAAUAACAGAUCUGGAUCAUUGGAAAAUACCUAUUAGUCUCAAGAAUAUUUCACUUAGAGGAAACCACAUCAAACAUUUACCACUUGCCUUAAUAAACUUUAUUUCAAACAAUCCAAAGUUUGAGAUAACUUUGCGUGACAAUCCAUUUCAUUGUAAUUGCUCGACGAAGAGUUUUAAAAAGUGGUUGGCUGAACAUUAUAAAAAUGUCAAAGAUGUGCAAAAAAUAAUGUGCACCAAUCGUCUGAAAUGGAAUGGUACUUUGACACUUACUCCUAUUUUAACGACUCCUGAUGACAUUUUAUGUCCUCUUGACGAUUGGCCUUACAAACUUCACUUGAUAUCUGUGACAGUUAUAUGUGUUGUUCUCGCUUUGUUGCUGUUUGUAGUAUCUGUAUUAUAUUAUCGUAACAAGCAGACUGUAAUUGCUUAUGUAUACAUACACAUGCACCAUGUAUUCACAUGUUUUUUCAGCGAAGAAGAUAUGGACGAAGAUAAAAUAUUUGAUGCUUUUGUUUCUUACAGCAGUUCUGAUCGUGAUGUUGCCCUUACAUUAAUUGAUGAAUUAGAAGACAAAGAGCCCCGUUUCCAUUUGUGCAUUCAUGAGAGGAAUUGGAUAGCAGGAAAUCUAAUUAGCUGGAAUAUUCUUAAUUCGGUUCAUAAUAGUAAAAGAACAAUAUUAAUAAUAUCUAAAGAUUUUUUGAAUAGCAUGUGGUUCCAAGUGGAAUUUCGCACUGCUUAUUAUCAAAUGCUUGAAGAUAAAAUCGAUAGACUUAUUAUCAUCGUGAAAGGAGAACUUCCACCAAAAGAUACGUUAGAUAAGGAUCUUCAGUAUCUGCUAUCCACCAAAACGUAUUUAAUAUGGGAAGAAAAGUGGUUUUGGGAGAAAUUGAGAUAUGCUAUGCCACAUAAAAAACAGCAACUUGUUCCGAAUGACGUCUUAGCUCUGAGAGACAGACCAGCGUCGGAAAAGGUAAAAUCUGUAGAUAAUCAAAUUGCUAUUUUAUCAGCAAAUGGCCGAAAAUCUGGGAAGGGUCUUGAAUUAGUUCAAAAUCACACCAGCUCCACAAUGAACUUAGUAAAAAAAGAUUAUUCAAAUAAAUAUUGACAUUGUAUUUUACACUGCUGAACAUAACUGAAAAUAGAAGGUUGGAUUUUUUUACUAUACAGAUAAAUAAAAAGUAAAAAAUAAUUAUUUAAAUAAAAAAAAUAAUAUAUCAUGUUUCAAAAUGAACUAAAAAGUAUAAAAUAAAUACUCCUUACCCAUACAGAAAUGUGAGAUUUUGUAUUCUUAAAAUUCAAUAUGGUAUAUUAUUCAUUUUAAGAUUUUUUAUACCAUAUUUAUUAUUUAUUUUUUAAAUAAUAUAUAUAUUUUUUUUUCUUUUUUUGCUCAUUUACUCUUGUGGAACUUCAAAUUUUGCAUUCGAUUUUAAACUUAGCUCGAUAAUCUAACGAUUGUGGCGCCAUCUGUCAGUAAUGAAAGUUUUCAAUCGAUUGCAAAAUUUGUGAGGAAAGCGUAUUAAUAUUGCAUUGUCAUCCAGUUCAAGGCUCUGUCUCAUCCGGAACUUAGUAGAUAAUUGAUUGCACAAUUUGUUCCGAACAGACAGACUGAGCAGAAAAUGAGUUAAAUAAUAAUAAAAAAAAUGUACUUCUUUUAAAUCAGUGUAAAGAAUUUACAUUAAGAAUCUGUAAGCAAUGAUGUUUGUUCAUUUAGUUGUGACAUAACCAUGAACAUAUAGAAGUUUAGACAAAUAUUAGAUUAGCUUAUUUUUAUAAAUUGUUAAUUAUGAUUUUUCUGUAUAAAUAUGUAUUUUUUGCUUUCAAUGACAUUUUUUGAGUAAGAUUUUGAUAGUCAUUUACAAGCAUUGUUCUGAACUGUACUCAAAGUAUUUUCAGUUAUUUUUUAAAAUACGUUUGGUGAAAAUAUUUUAUUUCUGUCCAUGAGGAAGGUUUAAAUCAUAUGUAACAACUUUUUUUAAACUUUUUUCUCUGGUUUAAUUUUGUUGUAUUUGUAGCAUAUUAUGCCGAAUGUGUUCAACUUGUCUCUAUAUUUGAUAUUAUAUAUUUGAUGCUUUCGUGACAGAAGUCUACCUAAAAAAAUCCAGUGUGUUUUUACCAGUUUUGUAUAAUAUGCGUAAUGUAUUUAAAAAUUUAGACGGUUGUUAUGCGUAUGAAAUAUCACGCUUCCCGUAAUUUCAUGCGCAUAAUGCUUUCGUGACAGAAGUGUACCUAAAAAUAAUCCAGCAUAUUUUUGCCAGUUUUCUAUAAUAUGCGUAAUGUAUAUAAAAAUUUAGAUGGUUGUUGUGCGUAUGAAAUAUUAUGUUUCCGGUAAUUUUGUUUUAUUACAAAAUGCCUGAUUACGCUUCUAAAUUGGAAACUUAGUAUCCUGAAAUGUUAUCGCUUGUACCUUGAUAAGUUGUUGCAUGCUUUCGAUGAAAUAAUCUGCUAUUGAUACAUCAUUUCGAUUUUUUAGCAAUUAUCUAAUGUAAGAAAAUCAAUAAUUUUAUUUAGAUUGAGUUUAUUAUUAAUUUUUUUUUGUGUGUGAAAUAUACUUAAGGUGUAAUUGUGACCGAACAGCUAAUUCCUAAAUCGUUAGAAAUAGAUUUAUAUUUCCAAUUGGAAAAAAUGCCUUAAAUGAUAUAAUGAAUUAUAUUCGAUGCCAUUUCAGUCAAUAAAUGAAAUAUUGAAAAAAAAAAAAACCCGCAGAAUCUAAAUUUUUAUUCAAUCCUCCGAUUCUAUACUCAAUAUUUAUUAAAAUAAUCUUGGCUCACUGAUAUUUUAUUUUAAAAAAUAUCGUUCUUCUCUAAAUAAAACUGACCAAGUUAUGAAGCUUUAAAUAUCACGAUUUUAAAUAAUUUGAACAGUUUCUUUAUGGAAAAUCGUCUAAUCAGCGAACAUCGUCCUCGAAAGGACUGAGCAUAACUCGGAAACGUGUCUAAUGUAAUGAAAUUCAAAGCUUCAUAAGUUGAUCAAUUUUGAUUGCUGAAGAAAGGAACUUUUCUUUUUUAAAAUUUUACUGUAUCAAGAAAAAAAAUUAAUUAUUGUGUCGAAACAAAUUAAUAUUUUUAAAGAACAACUUAUUAGAAGCGGUAUUAGUUUGAAUUUUAUUCGAAAUUAUAGCGGAUUUCGACUUUCAUUUUAUUCACUUUCAAUAACCUGCAGAAAUGUGAAGCAGUAUCAAACCAGUUUAUUUAACUGAUUUAAUUAUUUGAAUCACAAUCCUUUUUUUAUUAAUCCAUGUACGUGAACAAUGAAAGCAUUUUUUUUUUCCGUCUUCACUUUAUUCUUUUUCUCAAGAUUUCAUAUUUGUUCAUAAAUUUGUAUAUAUGUCUGUGUAUGUUUUUUUCUUUUUUGGUCUUUAUUUAGGAUAGUUUAAUUUCUUGCGUCGGUGUUUUUGGAGGGAUAGUGAGUGGCUUUAAUGUUGAUUCGUUGAGCCGAGAAAACAGAUUUUUAAAUAUCAUCGGGAUAUACCCCUUCAUGAUGAAAUAUUCUUCGAAAUAUUCUUUCCAUUAUUACUUUGUUACUCGCUAAUGUAUUGUGUGUAUAGAUAAAGCUUAUUAAAAGCGAAUUUCAUUUAAAUUUUAUCCGAAAUUAUAUCGGACUUCGACUUUCAUUUUAGCCAUUUUCUCACUUUUACUUGCAGGAACCUCCAGAAAUGUAAAGCAAUAUCAAACCAGUUUAUUUGAUUUAAUUAUUUGAGUCACAAUCCUUUUUUUUAUUAUUCCAUGUGCAUGAGCAAUGAGAGCAAUUUUUUGUCUUCAUUUUCUUCUUUUUCUAGAGAUUUCAUAUUUGUUCAUAAAUUUGUAUAUACAUGUCUUAAUUUAGGAUAGUUCAUUUUCUUGCGUCGGUGUUUUUGGAAGGAUAGUGAGUGAUCUUAACGUUGAUUCGUUGGGCCAAGAAAACAGUUUUUGAAUAUCAUCGGUAUAUUUCCCAUCAUGAUGAGUAAAUACUCCGAGAUAUUUUUUCCAUUAUUACUUCUUUAUUCGGUCUGUAUUAUGUAUGUAUAUACAGCUCAUUAAAAGCGAUUGUCAUUUAAAUUUUAUCCAAAAUUACAUCGAAUCUCGUCUUUCAGUUAAUCAUUUUCUCGUUUCUACUUUCAGUAGCCUGCUGAAAUGUGAAGCAAUAUCAAACCAGUUUAUUUAACUGAUUUAAUUAUUUGAGUCCUUUUUUUAUUAGUAUAUGUGCAUGAGCAAUGAAAACAAUAAUUUUUGUCUUCUUUUAUUUCUUGAGAUUUUAUAUUUGUUCAUAAUUUUUAUAUAUUUCUGUGUAUGUUAUAUGUACAUUCAUGAUGAGUAAAUACUCCGUAAUAUUCUUUUCAUUAUUUCUUCUUUACUGGCUUUUGUAUUGUGUGUAUAUAUAUAUAUAUAUAUAUAUGAGAAGUUAUGCAAUUUCCGGAUUUGGCGAAAUCUAAAAGAAAUCUUAUCUAAAUUUUUAAAAAAUAGUAACUUAUUUAACGAAAGAUAAGUUGCAUAUCUAAACAAAACAAUUAUCAAUUGCUAAAAGGAUAACAAAAUUUGUCUUUCGGAAACCUGAACUUAUCUAAACUAACAACGUUAUAUAUGUUUAUGAUUAAUGUAUUAUAUACAUUUGCCAAUGCUAUUUUAUACGCACAAAAUCACCAUUUCAAAGUUUUCUAACACUUUUUGCUGUGUAAAUAGUUUGUAAAUAAAAUAUAUUUUGUUUAACAAAUUGAGAUUCUUUAUAAAAGUGAUAUAAUGUACAAGAUAAUGUCGCAUGUAUUUCAGUAUGUUUAUCCAGAUUUCAAAAUAUAUUCAGACUUUAGAAUAUUCAUUUAAUAUUUAUUAUAUAUUUUUUGCAAAAUAAGUAAAUGCUUAGAUAAAGAGCCCCAUGGAAAAUCUCAAAAAGCAAUGCAUAUUUCUUUAACAUGUAAUUAUUUGCCAAAGAUUCUUUAUGUAAUGUAGCUUAUCCAACUUAUUCCUUUGUGAAAUAUUAUUUAUAAAGCUUUCCACCGUACAAAACAGUGUUAUAAUCUACCAAAGAUUUUUCUUUCUUCUUGCUUUGCAUACAUUUUUCCAACUUAUCCAUUUGCAAAAUGUAACUUAUUUAGCUAUUUUUAUUUUUGCUACUAAUUCUUCCCAUCAAAUUAUCUUUUUUUUUUUUUUUUUUGCUUGCCUUUCUAACUUGCAUAUUUGAUGUUACAGUUCGUUGCACUUUAUUUUAUAUUAAGAACAGUCAGAAUUAUUAUAGAAAUACCUUAAAUUAUGUUUUAUGAAGGAAAGUAACAAAAUUAUUGACAUUGAAUCAUUGAAAAAUAAUGAUUUUCAUUGACGGAUCUUUUGCAGUCAAUAAUCUUUGCAGGUAAUGCAUUAAUGGAUUCCAUUUUUAAAAUAAAUAAAUAAAUAGAAGAUAUAUGUACAAAAAUCAUAACUUCAGUUGCUAAUCUUUUUUCUAAUUCGUUUUAAAAUGUACCAGUUCAGUAUUUAUGAACUAAUUAAACUACCCAUCCAUAUAUAAGCAGAACCAAAUGCAGGGGAAUCAACCCCUUGACCAACGAAUUUAUUCAACUUCCGAAUUAGAUAGCACAUCCUAUAAGAGAACAUUUAUUUUUAUUUUUAUUCCUAUAACAAUAUAUGAAGAUUUGGGAUAUGGAAUCAUUUUUAAGUCACUUCUACAUUUUUAAUUACUUAAUACUUUCACUUAAUUGCAGGUUAAAAUUAAAAAUUGAUUAAUUCGAGCGCGAGUCAAACUCGUCAUUGUAUGUGAAGGGGUUAAUAUCCAUUCAACAUUGAUUGGAAGUAAAUAAUAAUGAAAUACUCUAGAAUAUUAAUAAACUUCUUUAGAGCAUUUUAUCGUAGAAAUAGUUUGCAACACUCGUAUUCUUUUCAUUGUCAUAAUCUUGUAUAUUUAUUUGUCACGAAGAAAAAUAUAUUGGAAUAACCCAUAGGCUUCAUGAUGAAUAAGUAAAUAAAAUGCAGAGCAUAACUUUGUGUAAUUGAAAUAUUGAAAUCUUUUCCCUCAUGAUGAAAAUUUCGUUACUUUUUUAUUAUUCUUUGAAUUCUAUUUAUUCAAACUACUUUUGUGGCACUGUAUAUCUUUUUGUGUUUCCGUUCUGUUUGAAACUGUUCUAUAAGUGUUUUGUUUUUGUGAAUUUAAAGUAAAAAUGGAACUUGAAAUGUAGAUUCUCUAUUUCUGAUAGGAUCAAUUAUGUGUGCAAUGCAAUAAUUUCAAUUUUUUCUGUAAAUAAUUUGUUUUAUGUAAAUAUUGUAUGUAUGGCCAUUAUUUCUCGAAUUCUAUUUUUUACGAUGCAUUUACCUAUCAGGGCGA